AUGGCACGGACGUUUUCGUUGAGCUUGGUAGUGGCGUUGCUGCUAAUCUUCGCUAUUACUGAAGCUUCUCGUGGACAAACUAAUCAGACAGAUGGACAGAAAACACAUAGUCGCGGUACCACGCGGUAUAACUCCAGAUCGACAACGGAAUCGAGUAAUCUUUCUACAUCGGAAAGGUCGCCUCGCGAUAAGAGUUCCCGUUCAGAUGCAGUUCCCAACUUAGAAAAGCAUGAGACGCAUAUCGCGAGAGAAGGUCCGUUUAGAUCGCGAUCGAAAUCAAAGCAGACGGCAGACUUGUCCGUUACCACAUCGCGGACAAGUUCAAAGCAUUUAAAUACGAGUGCCGAUAAUUCACGAAACCGUCAAAAGUCGCACGCCAUGCAGGCCCCUAAAGAAGAAAUAAUGAGGGACACGCACGACAACAACAAAGAGAACAGGCCUGAGUCACAAACGCAGAAACGACUGACAGCUUCUCGAAGAAUGUCUUCGGACGCAUCUCCCGUCUGGAUGGACAGUGCAAAGUUGGAUGACGAAGUGUUCAUGAAGUCACCUGAUUUCAGGAGAUCGAGAACAGGAAGAAAGAUUUAUCCAAAUCCGACGAAUCAUGGGAGAGAAUCGAAAAGUGAAGUAAUCUCAACCAGAAAACCUCCAGAAAAUGAAAAUGUGGAGAAAGUUGAGGGUCCGAGCAGCGAAUCGGAAAAGGAGGAAGUACAAUCGGAGCACCUAAGGCUCGAGGACGUUACCUCGAAAGCGAACGUGUCGAGGAAGAUAGAUGCGAAAAGCACGAACAGUUCUAGCAUCCGUAAAGAUGAAGCAAAAGAUGUUCUGCUGUCGGGUUCCGAGAGUGUAAGAGUGGACGUUCCUCUCACCGUCGGAAACGAAGACGUCAAUCUUCUAACAUCCGCCACGGUUUCGUCACUCAACGUGCCUCCCAGACAAGCCUCGAGGCCGGUCAAGGAGAAGGUGGAGAGCAACGAUAUCGCAAGAUCGAGUCCGAAGAAAAGCAGACAUCCCGAUCGAUCGAAGUCUCGUAACAGAUCCAAAACGAGAGAUCCUAAUCUCGAGGGUGCGAAUUCAGGUACCUCCCGUCGAGGUUCGUUGAAAUCCGGCGGUACCGCGGAGACGAACGGACGAUCCUCCAAUUCCAGACACAGGUCUAACGCAAAGAACGUCAAUUCGAGAGGCCGUUCCGCGCACAGGUCGAGAGACGCGGUCACGGCGGAAGCAAGAAGUAGCGGUAGACAGAAGAACGCAGAUACCGAUUCUGAGGCAAAUGCAAACAGACGGACGGAAACACGACGUAACGACAGACGAACGUCCGAGGGAAAGCGUAGAUCCAAGGAUGGCAGAUCGAAAGCUGUGGAAGCCAAGGUAGACGAGCAAGAUAUCCGAGCGCAAUCCAGAAGUCGGUCACGCGCAGCUAUCAGCAACCUCGAGGUUACCACUGCUUAUAUUCCGAAAGCAACAAUCGCCGAAACUACGACCGUUCCUUCCGUAGACAUAGAAAUUACGACAUCCAAUACCGCAACAAUCAGGCCAUCAACCGUUCGAACAUCCUCUUCAACCGAGCGAGCUUCACGCAACAAGGGAAGAGACAGAGGAGAAAGUUCUCGAGCGAAGAAACCCCCGAAGGAAGAUUUCUUCAAUCACGGUCUAGGUUUUCGUGGUCGAAAGACCUCGACCGAGGGACCGUCCGCGAUUGUUGCGGAUCCACAAACUACGUCUAAAAGUGAGACGCAAUUACGCGGUAAUCCCGGAUGGACUCUCAGACGCCGACCUGGUCACGUCAAUCACGAUGCUUCUUCUUCGACUACAUCCACGUCAGUUAAUCGCGAUCAAACCAACGAAAUCGUCUUGCUCAAUGAUGUGCCGAAGACCACCGAAACGCCGUUAAGUAAUAGCGUAAAAACCGGACGAAGGGGCACCAAAAGGCCAAAAGCAAAGGACGAGAGCAACACCGUAUCGGGAGUCGCGGCGAAGAGCACGACAAGGGGCAGCAAAACCUUCAACAAAUCCGAAAACUUCGGUCUACCCAAGGGAGUAGAGCGAGAGUCCGACAGCGACAAUUAUCCUCCCGCGUUCCGAGCUAGGCUGUCUCAAUUGAAAAAUUCUAACUCAAAACCUACUGGAGGAAAGAGUACAGCUAGGACCAGCUUGCAGGCGACGAAACCUUCAAGCUUGGCGAGUCUGUUCUCCGAAAGAUCUAAGAUGAAACUGGAGUUAGCCAGGAGAUUAAUCAAACCCGAAUUGAACGUUGACGAGAACGAUUUCGAUGUAACGACGGCCGCUUAUUCCGAUAAAUCGAAAGCGAAAGAAGUUUCGACGGCCAGCGAAAGCAGGAACGUAGAGAAAACGACGAAAGCGACCAGCAAACUGAUCGGCGCGCGUGCCACGCACGGAAGUUCGACGAUCGCGAGUGCGCCGAAAGAAAAAUCGACUGUGAGAGGCAGGUGGAAGCUUUUGGAGACCAGAAAAUUGCCGAAAGAUCGAAAUGUCGAAGCUCCGCUUAGAUCGCUCACGACCAAGAAAAGCCGAGUGACUUCUGAAAGAGCGGUCAUACCUCCCUCCGUCGAAGAAUUGUCAACGAGGAGCGUUACCGAGUUGAAUGCACCACGUCGCUAUACAACAAUUGCGGUUUCACAUCGCGAUGCCGUGGAAGGAACGGCCACCACGACUGUCGAUACGACAAAAGUCCGAUCUCGGACGAGUACCACGGGAUCGCAGGAGGAGACAUCAACAUUAGCAAACUCGGUGGAAGAAAAUAGCAUUAUUACAACCAUCGAACCGCUGAAGCUAGAUAAAACAUUCAUCGAAACUAUUACCGUUGCGUCGAUCAAGGACGCGUUAGCGGAAUCGAAAGCCCACCCUACGGAGUUCCCUCAAGAGGUGACCCUAUCACCGGCCGUCACCACAUCGAGCGGUAUACUUUCGUCGUUCACGCCGUCGACGACGAAAUCAGAAAAGCUAUAUCCGGUUUAUAUUCCCGACUCGAAGGAAUACAACUUGUUAGACGAUAGUGAGAAGACAACGACUCCGAGCGACACGAGUAAGAGCAGCGUUCGAGCCCGUUAUACGAUACAGCAGGAGCAACCGGACAAAGUGGCGGUUUCUAUGGUGACGUCGAGGACCGUCGGGCCCACCAGCAGAUACAUCCGGAAGAAAUCGGGCGUCUUCACGCCGUACGACGCGGCUCCCAAGACAUCCAGCACGGAGACAGCGAUUACGCAGACGAAGAGACGGGAAUUCCGUCCACGAACGUCGACUUACAGGAGGCAUUCCGAGGUGCUGACCAGCCAGGUGGCGGUUCGGCAAUCGGCGACGGUCGAACAAACGACCGCCGGCGUGCCCAUCACUCCAAAGCCGACCAAGUUUGUCUCUCAGGUCGUCACGCCGAGUCCUCGUCCUUCGUCCUCCGAGCCAUUCGUCAGCGUCCGAAUCGACACCUCGAACGACACCACUACGCGAACGUCCGGUAUCGCCGAAAGCAGUAACGGUAACAGCGGCAACUCCAACGUCUUCAACCCUACCAGGAGCACGUAUCUCACCACCUCGAACACCACUACGCUGCUCGAGCAACUACGAAGCACUGUAGCACCGCUACUAAACAACUUGGGUGACAAGACCCCCAUCUUCUCCGGAGCUUAUUCCAACGUGAAUACCGCGAAUUCAGCCCGCAGGAUAACGCCUAACGGUUCCCCGCCGAGAUUCAGCGCGAGAUACAAAGGAGCAGAAUUGUUUGUAAGAAAACCGUCCGUUGGUCAAGCUGUGGUACCGUCACUCACAACGUCGUCGACUACGGCCUCGACACCGAUAGAGAAUUCCGGUUCGGCACCGCCCGUUGCCAUCAACAGCCCCGGCGAGCCCAGAUUCGUCACUUUUUAUCAGGCGUUAGAGUCGGCUAGCAUAAGAAACGAGAAUCUGGGCGCGGAAGACGUGCCUCGGCGACUAACUGGCGUGGUAACGAAGGUAGACCCUAACGCUACUGUACCUAACGGCGCCGGUAACGACAUUGCUAACAACAAUGACACCAUCGCAUCAAUCACCGCGACUACUACAACAUCCUCCCCAGAUACCACUACUACCACAGACACUACCACUACCGCCGUACAGUCGGCGACAGACAAUUCGCUCACUUUGAGAUUAGGUGCGGAGGGUAGUACUGACAGUGGCUCGGAAACCGCCACAACAACGGUACAAACCCCCGUAGGCCCGGACACGAACGGGGGAGAAACAACUCCGGUCCCCAUCUCGGAAUUGCCCGGGACCACCCUCCCUGCUAACACGAUAACGAACCUACCACCGUCCGAUGCGGAUUUCCCGAGUACCACGGAACCGUUCACCACCACCGAAACCGCUACGUCGACGAGCGUCGCCGAUGUAACUUCGGCAGCGGAUUCCUCCACGGAAUCCGUCCCCGACGAUGCUCGAUCUACCGAACCGAUAGACACGAGUAUCGGGACCACGGAGGUAGCGUCGCUGCCCAUCACCGAGACGAUAAAUGCAAACAUGUCCAUCCCCGCUUCUCAGAAUCUGCAAACGGCGAGUGAUGCACCGGAUACAACCGUACCACCCCCGAUCACCGAGAGCGUCACCAUGACGUACAUACCACCGGAAGUGACAACUAUGCCCGCGAUAAAUGAUACGUCGGAGAGCGUCGAGACGAAUACCGUGCAACAGCCCGAGGAAACGACGUCUCGCACAGUGGAAACUACCGAGGCAGUCGAGGAUAUAGAAACGAAUACCGUAGAGCAGUCCGAUGCGACGAUUCCGUCUCAGACGACGGAAACCACGAGCACCGCCGAGCCGACCACGACAGAGAUUUCGAAUGACAUAAUCGAGCUCCGUGCGACGGCGUCACCCGCCUUCUCGUCCACGUACCGCACACGAUUGAUCGAUUACGCGGAAGACAUUCUAUCGCGUUUGUCGCAAAAAAAGGGUUUCUACACGGUUAGACCACCGGUCCAAAGGCCCACCGUCACGACGACCGUCUCCCCCGAGCUGUCCAACACGAUACCGGAUUCGUCGUCGGCAAAUACGGAGAACCCGGCGCAACCGGAAGAGACGACUACCGUGCGGGCAGAUGGACCGGGAACGACGGAGUCGCCAGACUUCGAUGUAGAAUUUGUGCCGACCACGACGAACGGACCGGAAGUGACCAUUCGAAACCUCGCCACCGCGCCUCAGGGUCAGUCCAACGGCCAAGAGACAAACGCACAGAAUACAUUAGACUCGAGUACUACAAUCGGACAGACGUUAUCGAGUGACAACGCGACAUCGAAUCCCGAAUCGACGACGAUAGCUCAGGAUGAAGAAGCUAUGACCGUCACGCUGACCUCGCGGCUCUUCGAUCCCGUUACGGAGAACGACCCCCAGUCGUCUAACGAUACGUUACUCGCUGAGCUAAUGACUAUCGCGAAGACUCUCUUCACGGAAGCGAUGAACGACACGCGGCAGUCGAUUCAGACUGACGGCACGGUAGGAAAUGAUGAUAGAAAUCGAACCGUGUCCUUGAACGGCACGUCAGAAGCUACCACUGUACCCCCGGAACUUUCGAGCCCUUUAGAAAGUAUAAACGUUACAACGCCCAUUGAUUUACCCGGAAACGAAAGAGAAGAUAAUUCCACCCCCGGCCCUGUUGUAGGAUCGAAUAUUACGUUAGUGGAAUCUAACACGCGACCCGCCGAUGUCGAAAACCCAGUCAAUGUAGGUGAUGUUACAACAAUGUCCCUUUCGCAGAUAAAUACUGAAACACCAAAUAUCAUUAUGGUUACGGGCAGCAUGAGUUCGGAGCUAACCACUAAUACGUUUGACUCACAACUGUCUAAUCCGAUUGAAUCAUCCAAUAAUAAUACCGAACAACCAUCUAUUAUGACUGUUCCGAAUAACGAGGUCGAAUUGUCGAAUCGUUUACCGGAAUUCGGAAUGGACCUCAUUACCAAUAAUCCCUUAACGACCUCCGUUACCGCGAAUACAGAGAGAAUGCUGCUCGACGUCGACAUAAACGAGUCCACGACGUCGGACACGGUAACGGAAUUAAUCACUAGUGUAGCAAUGACGGAAAUAAACGUUGUACAAACGAACGCCGUAAACACCACUAAUCAGACACCGGAACCCACCACGAUAGUGCCUGCAUCUGACCCGCAGGCUACAAACGGCCAAUCCCUCGUAGCAAAUGCCUCGGAUAUCGGUACAACACUUCCAACGGUAUCCGAUACGAGCGAUACUCAGCCAUUUGGUACCGAACCUCCCGUCACGGAAUCAGUUCGUAACUUAAUAAGUUCCACCGACACCACCACUAAUCGAUUCAACGACAUAACAACAACAAAUGCCCCUCAAACGCUAACCGAUCUCGUAAGCGAGAUGCCAAAUCUUAUUGCCCGUUUACAGGAUACAACGGCAACGACAACAACCGCCCAAGGGACGGCUGGUUCGAGAAUCAUUCAACCCGAGCAAACGACCGAAACCAUCAUCACCACCAUAACAACCAUCACCGUUCCUAACGUCACAGCAUCAACCAUCAAUUCCACCACGACCCCCUUGUCCUUUGUCACCGCGACACCUGUCCUAUCCUCAUCAGUCGAACCAAUGACCACGACGACGUCGACAACGUCGUCGCCAUCCGAGCUCACUACCAUUGUCGGACCGCCGUCCGAAACGACCACCACGACUGCCGACAUAAACGAGAACCUCGUCUCCACCGAGACGACGACCGAUACCUCGACCACGCAAGGCACAACGGUCACCCCGAACGAAUCGGACGACCUGAACGCGAUAUCUAGGAUAAACGGCGGGGAGGCAAGUAACGCGACGACGACGACGACAAGUGCCGCACCACUCACGAAUACCUCGGCCACAACGACUACGUCGACUACCGCACGGACUACUGUGCUAAAUCGAGUAUCGCCACCUCCGGUGUUCACGCCUUUCGGCGCUUUGAACACAGGACCCUACGUGGGACGUUUCGGCGGCAGUCAAGUGACGUCGGCCCCGAGAUUAGGCUCUUCCAAGGCGCCCGUUCGCGAUUACCUGAUUUAUGGUAUCUAUCCCAACAAGACCAUCGUGCGGAAGCGGCCGGAGGACAAUCUGAUCGACGGCAGAAACGUGGACAGCCCGUACGUGAUAUUCGGCAUCUAUCCGGACGGCAGAUUAGUCCGGAAGUUUCCCAACGGGACGAUAAUACCGGAAUCACCCAGGAACCCGGUCGAGGUUGUGUUCACACUUAGAACUACCACUACUACUAACCGACCAGCACCCAGGCCCUACUAUAACCAGGCUAACCAAGCGGGCGUUUAUAACAACCAGUAUCAAGCCCCGGUGUACUUUAAUAAUGGUAGACCCGUGGAUGAGCUGACGGGAGGCGCCCAGAGCCCCGGACCCCUUGAUUUUGGACUUAUCGGUAAUGCGAUCGGCGUUACUCCUGGAGGCCCCAAUUUCGCGGGACCAUUUGGUCUCCCUGCUAGCGUCCCGAGCACAAACAAAAUGAGUGAUAUUUUGCUAAAUACCCAAAUGGGUACAAUACCGAAUGCGUUCGGUAACCUGCAGUCGCCAAAUAGCGGUCAAACACAAGGUCCGAUCGGCCCUCCUAUUAUCCAGGAUCGCGAAAGAAACGAAGCUUCUCGGACAAGAGUGACGUCUGAUCAACGUAGCUCUGUAUAUAUCGGACAGGAUAAAUUUAUUAAUUAUCAGAUUGACGGUGCACCUGUUAUCAAUCCAAAAGUCGUUGAUGUAAGAAUAAAUUCAGUGGCUACUUCUGUGAACGAAGGUACGGCAUCAUCCACGGCGUCAAUCCCGCCCUUUGAAAAUUUGCUGAACAAUCAGGCAGGUGGUAGUGUAAUAACAGCACCUCCCGGUUUUCCUUGGAGGGACCCUCUUGAUCAGAUAUUCGGUAUCACCACCAAUUCACCUGUGCAAACAGCAUCUGUGGCAUCAAAUCAAUUAGACGAGCCGACCGAAAGCAAUGCGCCGAUCAUGUCGCGUCCCAUAAAUUCCUUGGUGGAAGUCUUCACACCAAUGAACAGUGCAACGCCAACAUCCACAACCAGCACAGCUACCGCUGGCACUACACCUACUACUACUACUGCCAGUACCACCACUACUCCUACUACUACUGUCGGUACUACUCCUACUACUACUACUAGUACUACUACCACGCCAGCACCAACGACUACUGCUGCUACUACUACUACUACCACCACCACCACGACAACUACCACAACGACUACUACUACUUCGACUACAACCCCUGCAACGACCACGACAAGCCAAACAACGACAGGUCGAGGAACAGUUCCAUCGUCAUCCACCGCAUCGAUAAUAUCUGCGGACAACAUAUUAAACAGAUUACAAACGAAUACGAUGGAGAAUCCUUUUGGUACUACGUUCGGAGAUUUGGCUUUCCUGAAUUCAUUGUUACAGAAUAACAACGACAUUAAGUCUACCACGCCGAAAACGCUGAGUGAGGUAGAGCAAAUAUUAGCAAACAGGAUUUUAUCGCUUGCACUGGCUAAUCCUGGACCGACGCGAUCGCCAAAAGCGAUUCAAGCCGUGAAUUUGAAUACGAAUCCGAACGCCGUCAAGAAUCGCCCGUCAUCCGGAUCAUCUUCCAAGCCGAUAAUAAUCGACUUAUUACCAGUUUCACCACCAAGCGUUACCAGCAGCAGCACAUCACCUACGAAGAGAUACACCGAAGCAAUUACGACGACAAAAGCUACCACCGCGUCGACUAUCACGACUACGGCACCAGUCGUUAUCACUGCCAAGCCUAAAACGACAGCGAGACCCAAAGCUACCACGUCUCAGGGGCCCGUAGGAUUUGGCGCGGGUUUAUGGAAAGCGUUGUUCGGCGGCAACAGCUUCUUCCAAGCGACUACUGCAGCGAGUGCUGCGAAAAACACGAAACCGAAAGCUGCAGUUAAAACGACGACUCAAAAGCCUAUUGGGAGCACUCAGACACCGGCGCAGAUGAUCAAAUCGCCAACGACGACGAGAAGCGUGGAUAUCUCGGAUAUUCACGUGGCCUCGAGCACAUCGCUCGCGGACAGUAUCAUUUCCGCAUCGACGCCAAGCACGGUCAUUUCAACCACGCUCUUAAAUAAUCCGAAUCCUAGGUUGAGCGACGCCUCUACAUCCACGUUCUCACCCGAGGAUGACGCGAAAUUCCUGGCUGCGCUCCUGCGAGCCGUACAAACGGAAACGAGUACAUCUGCGAGUACAACGCCUGGAUUAAGUGACGAUGAUGAAGCUUUCCUGAGAGCUAUUUUAAGUAAUCAGGCUAGUGUAUCUACCAGCACGGCAUCAUCCAGUGAAGUGAAUCCUGCUGCUUUGUUGGCUCUACUCCUAAAGCAGCAAGGUAUAGAACCCACGACACCAGCAACGAAACUUAGGGAACAAUUACAAUUAUCCAGUCUAGGUCUGCUUACCCCAGACGCGACCUCAACCACGGUUCGACCAACAACUACCAAUAGACCGGUCAGCACGGCGAGACAAGUGGUGACAUCGAGACCAACGGCUAGACCAAGACCAACACUACAGACUACGACAUGGGCUCCAAGUUCAACGUACCCGCCUCCUCUCUUCGGAGGAAGUGGAUCUUCGGGUAGCGGGCUGGUUACCGCUACUAGAGCCAUAGGCAGAUUCCUUGGUGCUGCCAUUUCAGGUGCAGCCCAACAGUUACAAUCUUUACUAAGAAAUAGUACCAGAAGCGCAGCUGGCUAAUAUUAGAAUGGAAAAGGACAAUGUACAUCAAUUUUCGCUCAACCUGAGAACAAAUGUCAGGAUUGAAGUUGUAGUAGUUGUUAAUUAAUAUUGUGGUUGCUGUUGAAAGUUACAAUAGCAACAUGGAAACGCUAGGAGAAAGUUCAAUCAAGACAACAAUAGAAAGUAAAAGCUUGCUCAAUUAUUAUGGACUCAAUUACGGACGAUACCGUGGACGAACAGUCUUAAAAUCACAUUUUUCUUAUAUGUUACUAGAAAGAGACGUUUUUCUCGGAGUGAACAAAUCAAACCUAUAUUAAAUAUCGAAUAAUAAAUUCGCGAUACACGUAAUAAUACUUAAAAUAAUUUUAAAUAGACCGCUACGAUGUACAAAGCUAGGAUGUAUUCGAUGUCUUGACCGAACAUUUCUUGCCGA